AUGUCAUUGGAUGCGCAUCUGUUACAGGCUUGUGCACGGAGAUGCGGCGCAAAGAUUGUUUACGUCGAUUUGGUCAGCCUGCAGUUCCAGGAAGAGGUUGAAGAUGACGCUCUGGAAGAUGCUGGAGCUUCACCAGUCUCCGCUGCAGGGCCCAAGUUUGGCAUUCCCAAAAAGGCUUAUUUCUGUGUCGGACAGUCCUGCGUAUAUUUGCUGCGAUCGAGCAUGUCCCAUCGCCUGAAGGCGUUCAAUGGUCAGUUGGACUACGUUUGGAUGGAGAAGAUUGUGCAAGACACCAGCAGCAGGUCACGGUUCCUGAUAGCUUUGAAUGAGAAGCGGCCAAAGGGUGCCCCUUCUCAGUUCAUCCUAGACACAGACAACCGGGAUGCAUUGUUGUCCCAGAUUUUUACGAACUAUGUAUCAGAUUGCCUGCAAGAGUUGGGGACUCUCGAAUCGUUACCGUGCUUCCAGCACAGCCUGGCCACAAGCCCUGCGCCCAGCCGAGUUGGGCCUCCAAAGGGCUUCAAGUCAGUCGAGUUUUGUGGCUACACCUUCUUCAUUCGGCAAAGCUUCAAGGAGGUGCCCAGCGCAAUUUCAAAAGUCUCCACUGGGCACUUCAGCACGCCGGUUGGAGAUCUUAACUUGGGGGAGAGGUCGUGGGGUUGGACAUGGCAACAAGGAAAUGUGGAGCUUUAUGUCAAUGUUGUUGACCCGAUUCCCUUGUCGGAGUUGACCCAUCUUGGCCGCGAGCAUGUACGCUGGGUGGCAAUGGAGUGCAAAGCACCUUUGCUCAAGUCGUGGGACUCGCUGGUUCUCCAGAACUGUCCAUACACCAAGAAAAUGAAUCUUGCCAAUGACCUAGCAGCCUGGAGUUGUUGGCAGCUGGCCGUCCGGGACAAGGAAGACAGCUGGGCCAUCAUCGUGCUCAGGCGACAGUACGUUGCUCCCAUGAUGGACACCGUGCAGGAUUUUGUCCUCGCCCUGAAGUGUCCCUCCAAGUCGGUGACAGCUGAGGCGCUGCAGGGGCGACUCCUGGAUGAAGUUGCGAUUAUUGCGGACAGCUUCAGCCCUUCUCCACAUCCAAACCUCAAUGCCGACAUUGUCCAGGCCAAGCUGGAUGCUCUUCUCUACGAUUCUGAGGCCUAUACGUGGCUACAUGACCGGUUCAAGCUGCAACCACACGGACCUGUUGACGUGGAGAAGCACGCGACAAUCUUUGUGAAGGGUGUGGUCAAGAGCUUGUACAACGAGCACAUACUAUCCUCUCUGGACGAUCUUGAAGAAAUCGAGAAGCGAACCAGUGAGCUCUGCACCCUGGCCGAGACGGACCUCGAGCCCUUGACUGUGGCGCUCAAACUGCUUAGCCACCCUGGUCAAGGUCUUCCGAGGACCGCUGCCAGCUCUGCAAGCAUCCAUGCAUGGCAAGCCCGUGUGGCCCACUACUUGGCUCACCGGCUGGACGGCUCCAUUUUGGGCUCUCGGGUGACCUUGGCGGACCUUGUCCAGGGUGUGCAUGAUGGCGGAGUCUCAAAGGAGACUUCUGCUGUCUUUGAAGACGUUCUGGCGUUUCUACUGCAUCUCCGACCAACGAAUCUCCAUGUUCCUUGGGAGCUGAAGGGCAUCAGGAGCCAGCUGACUGCAAUGGGACUGUUAUCACCAAAGCGCGUUUCGGAAGGCAAGGAGGCCCUCAAGGCCAACUGCACUUUCAACGACAAGGUCAUGCAGGCACUGCUCGAAACCGGGCACUUGCGUGCAGAUCUUGAGGAUGAAGACUUAGGCAAGGGUUGCAUGAGCAUGGAAUACGCAGCUCUUCUUGCGAACCUCCUGUGCUGUGAGACGGCCUCCACAAACCUGAAGGCCUGUGUUUGCAGGCUGAUUAUCUCAGACGAGGCCAUUGGCGAGAAUGGCCAAUCAACGGUGUUGGCUAAUGGGCUGAUGCUGUUGGUACGGACAGGUGCCUCCUUCUUGGUGACCUAUGCCUGCGCAGCUUUGGUAAAUCUCUGCCAGAGCCACGAGGUUGUUCGAAGUCAUCUGAUCCACCAAGACAUGGUGCCAUUGUGCAAGCGCAAUGUGCGGACAUACGAUGAUGAUCUGGUGCUGUAUUCGCUGAUGGUCUUAGUCCAGCUUACGAAGAGAUCCAACCACCGUGCCUCAGUGGAGAAGUACGGUGCUGCGCUCAUUUUUUGCCUGUUCCCUGACAGCUUCGGAUACAUUGAAUGA